UCGAAGACAAUCAGCUGAUUAUUCUUGUGCAGUGUAGAAUUGUGCAGAGCAUAUUUUCUCAAUAUUUUUGCCGAUUUAUUAAAUAUCAUUUACUUCAUCUUAUAUACAUAUUGAAGAUACAAUAUAGGGAUAUAAUUGUAUAAUAUGCUCUGAAUAUACAAUUAAAUUAUUUUAUUAUGGCUGCUAAAGAGGAAAUAAGCAAUGUGACAACCGAGACGAAGAAUAAAGAGCUGGAUUCAACGACCGAGGAUCCACCGACUAGUUUAGAAACUAUUUCUGAAGGAAAUGCAGUACGAAAUGGUGUUCAGGCAGCACAGAAGGAUAAAACAAAAAUUGAUAUACUCCUGAAAGCUACUGCUAAUGCUCCGAUUAUGAAACAGAAAAAAUGGUCAGUUUAUCAAGAUAAUCCUAUUGGACGGAUAUCUGAAUUUAUCAAGAAGUAUCUCAAGUUGGAUCCCAAUGAGAGAUUGUUCCUUUAUGUUAAUCAGACAUUUGCACCUGCUCCUGAUCAGACAGUAAAGAAUUUAUAUGAUUGCUAUGGUGCAGAUGGAAAAUUAGUCAUUCACUAUUGUAAAAGUCAAGCCUGGGGUUGAGAGUUGUCAAGAUUAAUUUUUAUCAUUAAACGAAUAAUAUAC